AUGUUGGACCAUCAAGUCGCAGUCGGGUAUUUUGGUCUGCGCAUGCGGAGUGACUACGCAGAAUGCGGAGAGGUUGGCGGAUGUGGCGUCUGCAGCCAAUCCGUCAGCCGGGGUAGAAUGCUGGACGGGUUGUUGGCCAUCUUCUUGGCGACUGCGCUGUCAGACAUGCUGAUCACAUGCAGCAGUGCAGUGGAGCGCCCCCUGCUGAAUGACCGCGCACCCUCAGCCUCGGCGUGCUGUGUAGCGCAAACCCCACCACGGCGUCGUGUACUGCCGGCUCUCCUUGACCCGUACCAGUGUAACCCAGGUACCCUCACCAGGGUCAAGGUUCACAAGGGUAAGUACAAUCCAAGCUUCAACAUAACAAACCUUUCCUAUUGUGGGACUUACCGGGCGUUCAGUGUGGUCGGGGCCAUGCAGACUGUCCGGGCCAUCGUAGGCCGGCUGUUGGAACCGCUCAGCGUUCAACAGGUUCUGGACUGCUCCUACCAGAACCAGUGCGGUAAUGGAGGCUCCACUAUCCGUGCCUUGAGCUGGUUGAAUGGUCAUGAGGAAACCAUGAUGGGUCAGCUGGUCCUCUGUUUGCCGCUGGUGGACACAGUAGAUGCCGUCAGCUGGCAGGGUUACAUGGGAGGAAUCAUCCAGCACCACUGCUCCAAUCGACAAGCCAACCAUGCCACGCUGCUGAUGAAAUGCAACACCACAGGGGAGCUUCCAUACUGGAUAGUUCAGAACUCUUGGGGGACAUCCCGGGGGGACCAAGGUUUUUUAUACAGCAAAUUGGGGAAUAGUUGCAAUCACAGCAUUGUAAGAUGGUGA